AAAUAUGAUUUCGUGUACUCACAAAAAUAAAGAUGCAAGAACAGCUGAAGGUGGUCAUAGUUGGAGAUGGUACAGUAGGUAAAACAACUUUUCUCAAUCGAUGGGCUAAUGACUUCUUUAACACAUACAUGCUCAAUUGCUUCGAUACUAAGAUUUGUGUGGUGGACGGAAAAGAAGUCUCAGUGACUCUAUGGGAUACAGCUGGCCAAGACGACUAUGAUAGGCUCCGCCGACUUUCCUAUCCCGACACUGACAUUUUCUUCGUUGCAUUUUGCGUGACAUCUCAAACUUCAUUUGAAAGGAUUAAAGAAAAGUGGAUACCUGAAGUUCGUCAUUAUUGUCCGAACAUACCCGUACUGCUACUGGGGCUCCAGUGUGACCUCAGAGGUCAAGAGGUCAAUGGGCGUGGCUGCACUGAGGUCCCUCGCAAAGAUGCUCUGCAACUGGCGAAAGAUCUUGGAGCGGUGGGUUACUAUGAGACAAGUUCCUUAACAAAAUAUGGUGUGAUGGAGGCUAUGGACGCUUGUGUGAGGGUGGGGCUAACACAGGCACGCACUUCCCGUAGUGGAGGGAGGAGACAUAGAUUCGUACUGCCAUGGAAACGAGGCUCCCGAUCAUCCGACCAAUCAUUUUCCACGAAUGCUAGUAAACCUUACAUCCCCCCGCCCCCUCAACUACCGCAAAAGAAAAGAGCACCUGCAAUAAAUGUCCCAUCUUCAACGUUUGCUGCUGAUUGGUCAAAAAUGAUAAAUAACCCGUCUCAUUCGGACGUGGUCUUCAGACUGGAGGGCAAGACGUAUCAUGCCCAUCGCUAUGUGCUGGCAUCUGCUUCAGAUCUGUUUAGACAGCUGCUAGGGGUGACUCAGGAACUUAAGGUUGACAGCCUGUGUGAUGGGUGCGGCAGGGCACGACUAAAUAAGGUUACUAUGGAAACGGUCAACUCAGGGCAGCUGGAGGGGAUGCUCCACAUUGAAGCCAGACUUGAUUUGGACGGUAGGCAGUUAAUGGAGGUGACCUUUGACCCCUCCAUAGUGACGGAGCUAGCGCUAACUCGUGUCCUAACAUUCCUCUACACUGGAGUGAUGGAACUUGGCAAAGAGAGCGAAUGUAUUGACGAAACAAUCAAGAUUUCUCAGCUGCUGAAUUUACCCGAGUUGGAGCUGGUGUGUGAGAAUGCUCGUAAAGGGGAGGAGUAUCUGAUUCCGAUUAGAAACACCAGCAUCACAAAACAACUAUUUCUCAAUAAGGAACUGUUCUCUGAUGUGUGUUUCCUAGUGGAGGGUGUGGUUGUCCCCGCUCACCGACUAGUACUGACCACACGAUGUGAGGUCAUGUCGGCCAUGUUGUCUGGAGCCUUCCAAGAGAGCACAGCUAACCAAAUAUCCGUCCCUGAUAUACCAUUGGACACGUUUGUGAGUUUCCUCGAGUACCUGUACACUGACCACGCUCCCAUUGAGGAGGGGGACUCUAUGGGAAUAUUGGAGCUGGCCAAUAGGUACAUGAUGAGUCGGCUGAUGUCACUGUGUGAACUGUACAUCUCCAAGCACGUGGAGAGGGCCACUAAAGAUUUUAUUGCGAAAGCAAACGUCGACAUUAUAGGACUCCUGCUCUUCUCACAGCUCCACACACACACACACCCCACACACACACAGGACUCCUGCUCUCCUCACAGCUCCACACACACACACACCCCACACACACACACAGGACUCCUGCUCUCCUCACAGCUGCACAACGCGUCUCAGCUCAGUAGUUGGUGCCUCCACUUCAUCUCAAGCAAUUUCAAUGUUUUGGAGGCAAAUGAACAAUUUCUGCAAUUGGGCGAAGACAACCUCUCUUAUGUGGAGGAGCAUCGAUGGCCACCACUGUCUUACGAGACUGCUAUGAACGAGUAUAAGACCAAGUACCUCGAUACUGAGGGGGAGGAGUCAGGUAACCCCCUGAAUAUAUCGGACGAUGGAGCGGCUGUCAAGAGCCACUAGAGACGAGGACUCUCCUAACUGUUUAAAGUGGAUCAAAUAGAUUGACACGUUUGUAUUAGCUAGCAUUUGUGUUUCAUUUAAUGUACUUUUUAAGCUAUCAAUUAAGUCAUUAAUUUUUUACCUAGCCCAUUUAACCUAUUGCACCCAAGUUAUGAGAAAUACAUUGACGAAAGUAGACUAGCUGUCCCUGGGACGUCCCCACUAUAGGACACCCUGGCUGCUCUUUGCUCUCGUGUGGAGCAACACAGUCCUAUCUCAUAGCCAUGCUGAAACAGAGACGAACAUUAAAACUCAUAAAUAAUUAUUUUUAUUGUGGAUCAUUAUAAUUAUUUUGCAUCUGUGCUUUUUAUGAUGAAUUUCUAACUGUC